CAAGAUGCUCAUCAGUGUGUUGAGAUUAACGCAAGAAGGCACGCUCAUAUGGGAGAGUCUUCUCAAUCAUUUAAUGAUUGUAUUUGAACGCACUUCAUCUACUUUUAAUUGCUGAAUUGUGGUGUGACACACUCAUAUUACAAGUGAUCAACUUAUUGAAGUGAUUGUGAUGUUAAAUUUCUCCCAGAUUUCAAUUUAACACCACAAAAUUGAGAUCAAAUUGGAUGAAAAUGACUAGAUUUAGUGUAACUAUGAUGGCGGUUCUUGUGGAAUUUACUGAACAGGAAUUCCGUGUGAUGUUGAAAUAAUCAGGAAGAAUGCAUAAAAUAUUCUUAGUUAAGAUCCUAAAACAAUGUGCAGAAAAAUAAGCUUUCUUUAGUGAUUUCAAGAGUGAUCAAGUGAAUGUAAAAAUCAACCUAAUAUGCGCAUUUUUUCCUCAAUACGGCACAAAUACGAAAAUGGCUCAAUUAAGAUUUCCUACGAUGAUUUUAUUCUUGGCACUGUGUGUAUCGCUCAGCUGUGGAAUGAUCGACGCCAGCACCGAGAAUUUGGCAAGCACGGUCCAAAACAGUGACACGACAAAAACAUCCCGUGGGACAAACAGGGAGAUCAAUCUCCAGGCCACCGAAAGAGUCGCAAAAUCAUCACCGACGCAAAAGAGUCGCCGGCAAUCGCAACGGAAUAUCACCCUAACACGGCAGAUUGCCAUUAAACAGGGCAUCCUGCGGGGUGUUGUCCGGCACAUGCACCCACAUUCAGGCCUCAGGGAUGUAGAUCAGUUCCUAGGAGUGCCAUAUGCGGAGCCGCCAAUCAACAAUAAACGCUUCAUGCCGCCAGGUGCCCCAUUACCUUGGUCAGAUGUGAGGGUAUUCUCUGAGUUGCCUCCAGUUUGUCCUCAGAAUCUACCCAAUCUGCAAGCAACCAAUGGGACGCUAUCAAAGGGACGUUACAAUCAGCUCAAGAGGCUUUUGCCAUAUCUAAAAUCCGAGAGAGAAGACUGCCUCUAUCUCAACAUUUACAUGCCAACUUGGGAGGGAUCUAUCUUCCAAGCAAAAUUUCCCGUGAUUGUGUUCAUUCACGGAGAGUCCUUUGAGUGGAACAGUGGAAAUCCCUAUGAUGGUUCUGUACUGGCCAGCUAUGGGAGGGUCAUUGUGAUCACUGUAAACUACCGUCUGGGUAUCUUGGGAUUUAUGAGACCGGGCGUGAGUGAGGAAGUAGUGAGCAAUUUUGGUCUUUUGGAUCAAAUUGCUGCACUUCAGUGGAUCAAGGAGAACAUUGAGGCUUUUGGUGGAGACAGUUCUUCAGUCACGCUCAUGGGACACAGUACUGGUGCUGCUUGCAUAAACUUUCUUAUGGUAUCGCCAGUGGCCAAGGGACUCUUCCAUCGAGCCAUUCUUAUGUCUGGAUCAGCUCUCUCAGAUUGGGCCACCUCUAAGCAUCCCACUCAAUUCACCAUGCAAGUGGCUCAGAGUGUCCAUUGUCCCAUUGCCGAUGAUGAACUCGUCGCAUGCCUGAGGAAGAAGAGAUACAGCGAAAUGCUGAGAGCAAAAGUAUCUUCACCAAAAUUUUCUACAAUUUUCGGUCCCCUAAUUGAUGGGCUGGUGAUUCCCAAUGAACCAGCCUCAAUCAUGAGUCAAUCCACUGACACAUUCAGCAAGUACGAUUUGCUCUUUGGCAUGACUGAAGUCGAAUCCUAUCACAUGCUCAACGCCAUUGAGCUGAUGUAUGGUCUGCUGGAAAAUGAGAGAGACACUCUGCUGCGCUUCUACCUCCAGAAUCGCUUCGAGAUUCGUCCAGAUUUGGCUCUAGCAGCCACUCUCAAAGAAUACUCCAAUAUUUAUGCGACCGAGAAGACUCAGAACGCAAAUUACCAUCGAGAUAAGGUUCUUGAAAUCUUCUCCGAUGCCAGAGUUGCUGGACCACUCGUACAGACUGGAUUAUUCCAUGCUAAAAGCAAUCCCAGAAGUUUUAUGUAUGUCUUUGCUCAUAACAGCGAAGCUGGAGAGUAUGCUUAUCUUUCGCAGAGUAUUAUUGGAGAAGAAUUGGCUUAUGUCUUUGGAGCUCCUCUGAGUUCAUCAGGACCCUUUCAGCCAUUCUAUAAUUCCCAAGAGAGGCUUCUAUCGGAGGCAGUAAUGAAGUACUGGACAAAUUUUGCCAAAACUGGAAAUCCAAAGGCUCCCUGGCGGGAUAAAUUUCUCAAUGGAAAUCCUAUUGAAUGGGCCAGAUUCGAUAUCGAUUGGCCAGAAUACAAUCAGAUAAAUCAGAGUUAUUUGCAUCUGAACUCUCAUCCUGCUAUUGGGCACCAAUAUCGUCAUAUAUUCAUAAAAUUCUGGAAUCAGAAUCUACCUAGUGAGCUGCACAAGUUGACAACAUCGAGAUCGAGUGUCCACAUGAUACCACCAAAUAUUCCAAGUCCUGAUGUUCCACGGAGAGAGAUCUAUGGGAACUUCUCGACACAUACCAAACAUUUUGGGGGUGGUGGAGAGAUAAAAACACAUCCGGAUGACAGGAUGUACUCCAAGACUGACAAUCCUAUGACAAUCCUGAGGCUCCUCAAUAAAAGUCCACGACCAACUCCUGAAAUUCAUUCUUUUGAAGACAAAGUAUCCACUGAGGUUGGAGAUGUAUCACCUUUUGAUCCUGAAUCCUAUAUACCCAAUUCAGCCAAUCUUACCCUCAAUCUUCUGAUCAUUAUUGUGGUAAUCUUGUCGAUAUUGAUCAUCAUUUUUGGUUACAUCCUCAAGAGAUCCUACAAGAGAUCAUCUCCCACGGAGAAGAUGCUCAAGAACUUGAAAAGAUCCACACCACCGAAGAUGUUUUAUCGCAGUGACAAUGAUCUGAGUGAGAUGUCCAAUAACUCCUAUGACAUGGUGAGGAUUGAGAGGGGUUCAAAAAUCGACUCGAUCCAUUCAGAUGGAAUCAAUUAUCCCACCACAGUCAUCAAAGCACCCUGGAGAACUCUACCUAAAAGAUGCAGCUUCGAGGAUCCAGACAAUCAAUCUGAUUGUUUUAUGAAACCAGGACAAGUGAGUGUGGCCAUUGAUGCCACUCCACAAGCCAGAAGUGGGAGUGUUCUGAAGCAAGAACCCAUUGAAGUGACCAAAUCUCGUGUUAUGCUAGCACCAGAGACCAAAAUCAUCUGCCAAGAACUGGAUAAUCCUCGAAUUUCUGCGUAUUAUGGCAAUGAUCUUUGUGACGAGGAUGAUUAUGUAAGAAAACCACCUGAUAGCGGUUUCAGCACCCUGGGCAAUGGGCACGUGAGAAAUUUCUCAGAUACCCAAAAAUGUGGAGAGCUCCCAUCAACAUUUGCCAGGAAGACAAAUUCUCUGGACUCCAUGAAAAUGCGCCGGAGAUCACUUCCUGCCCAGAAUCAAUUGGAUUUUGCCAUGGGCUGGACAAAAGUUCCUCCAGUGCCACCUCCUCGUACAGUGUCCACCUUGACUCGCCGACAGAAUCCCACAGUUCCCGAGGAGAUUCUACCACAUCCACCUCAACACAUGCUGGCCACUCUUCCGCCAAGCAGUAACCUCGAAGAUGAGGUAAUCACCUCAAAUACCCUCAUCGUUGGACCUCUAAUCCCCUCAAAGGGUCCCAAAGGGAAGAGUUCUGAUGCCAGUGAUGAGGGUGAAUCCGCCGAAGCUACCCUCAGUGGCACAUCCUCCACCACCAAGUACAACGCUCUCAGCAGGAGCAAGAAGAAAUCAACGUCGCGCAAUGAACCCAACAUAAUUAUAAAGCCUCAAAUCUCAAGAUCUACCUCUGAGAAGGCCAAUAAGUUCAGUGCACGUCGGAUUCCUGCGUCAUCAACGACCACAAACCCUGCUGAAGCCAAUGAAACAAAUAUUUAGUCUGCAAAAUGUAGCACUAUGCACCAGAUAAUUCCUAUACAUGAGCAAGAUAGUACUUAAUGUAAUAAUAAACACGCAGUAUACACAAAAAAAUAAUAUUUAAAUUCUUAAGAUGAUUUUUUCUCUCCUUUAUAUUGCCCGAACAAACUCCUGUAAAUAGCAUUGACUUCAUGAGUUUGAGCACUCCACGAAGUCGUUUUUUUUACUUCGCUAUAUCUUUUAUCACAACAAUUGUACUACAAGACUUUUAUUGAAAUAGAGAAUGCUAUUGAAAUGAA